AUGUCUGCAGUGACACAUUCGAAUAAUGAUAGUUCCCACAGAGACCCAGAAUCCAGUACUAGAUCUAUUGUUUCUUCAAUCCAACCUUACAGAAAUGUAUUUCCGGCCCAAAUAAGAGAAGAGCACAGUGGAAAUGAUGAAUCCACUAUUGUUGGAAGAAGGCAUGGGAGGGAAAAUCGAUUAAUGAGGUCUUUGGGUGUUGUUGCUGCUUCUUUGGAACCCCCUCAUCAUUAUGUAGAUGAUUUAAGGGAUUACUUACUCAAAAAAUUCGGAAGCUCGUCAAAUAGAGUAGUAAAAAUCAUAAGUCAAACACUUCUAGGGUCACCAUAUGUUAUUGCAAGGUGGAUUUGGCAUUAUAUAAUUCUUGAGAUCCACCUCUUCUACAAUUUGGGACUAUUGUAUGCAACAAUUGUCACUACCCCUGCGUUAGUUUUUUAUGUCGUGGGAAUAACCCUUUUUUGGCUGAGAAUCGUGUAUGAAAUUUAUAGGGAUGUUCUGCAUAGGGAUGACCCUAUAUAUGAGUCUGAUUUGACAAAAGAAAUUUCCGUUGCAGCAGCAUUGACUGCCACUAUGGGGUAUGUGGUGAAAUUAAAAAUGGAUGAUGGGUUGAUUACUUCUUCAUGGUGGACGGAUAUUUGA